AUACCCACCACCACCUUCACAUCUCCAUAGAAAGCAGCCAUCACCCCUGUUCUCUCUCACCUCCCGGCCGGCUCCACAUACAGAUUUAGCUUUGUUAACCUCCCUUCGAUAACUUGCAAUGGCCAGGCGGCUUGCGGUCCUGGCAGCGGUGUUUGUGGCCAUGUUCAUGGUGGCCUCGGCCUACAAGACCACCGUGACCACGAUGGUGCUGGAAGACAACGAUGACGAAAACCAGUCCCGCCGAGGAGGCCGUCAGCAGUGCCGGGAGCAAAUCCAGAGGCAGCAGCAGCUUUUCCACUGCCAGCAGGUCCUGACCCGGGGGGGCAGGUACAUUGUGCUUGGCAUGCGCGGGGCUGAAGAUUCUAACCCCGAGUCGCUCCAGCAGUGCUGCCAGCAGCUGAGGCAGGUGGAGGAGCAGUGCAGGUGCCAGGGGAUCGAGGAGAUCGUGCAGAUUCAGCAGCAGCAGGGUAGGCUCCAAGGGCAGAGGCUGAGGGAGGUGAUCCAGACGGCUGAGAACCUGCCGAACAUGUGCAGGCUCAGCCCUCAACGCUGCAGCGUCAGCGUCCGCGGCGGCAGCGGUGGUGGCUACACCGAACUCGACUCCUAGAGAGCGAGAUUGCCUGAGAAUUGAGAAACCGCAUGCUGCAUGUGCAUGCAUGGGUGCAAUGACUAGGUAGUAAUAGCCAGGGAUCAGGGAAGGAAUCUAUGAAUAUGUUAAGCAUGUAAUAAAGGGUUUCACAUCUCUCACUAAUGUAAGCCCAACGAUGAUGAUAUCAAGAGAUCGACCGCACAUUAGCAUGUGCUUAAGUAAUUACAUAUCUAUAUAUAUAGAAAUAGAAGUAUCGGAGGUCUGUUUUGCUAGCA